AUGCUUGGAGCAAUUGUUAAGAGCGUGGGCCAUUUUUAUGUUUGUGAAAGCGUUGCUCUUUGCUGUGCAUUGAGCCUUAUACAUUUUCGUGUCUUCUGUGACAAUAUUUUCGAUGAAAAAGAAAGAAGAGAACAAAAGCAGCUCAGAUCUCUUGACAAAUUUACUCGUGCAGAAUCAAGACGUUCUAAAUCGACGUCAACAACGACGAAUACGACGACAAUGAUUGAAAAGGAUGAAAACAUAAAUGAAAAGUCGAGUAAAGCUAACUGA